AUGAUCGCCGACCUGUCAGCAGACACAGCCGGCAGCCAGGGCGCGCCCGGCGAGAAGGGUGACCCGGGCCUGGAGUGCUCGGCCUCCCCGGACUACUUGACCGGCAUUCUGCUGGUGCGUCACAGCCAGACUUCGAGCGUGCCGCGCUGCGAGCCCGGCCACAUCCGACUCUGGGACGGCUACUCGCUGCUCUACAUCGAAGGCAACGAGAAGGCACACCACCAGGACCUCGGCUUUGCCGGUUCCUGUGUGAAACGCUUCAGUACCAUGCCGUUCAUGUUCUGCGAUAUGAACAACGUCUGUAACUACGCCAGCCGCAACGACAAGUCCUACUGGCUGUCUACCAACGCGCCCAUCCCGAUGAUGCCUGUGUCCAACACUGCCAUUCGCGAGUACAUCUCCAGAUGCGUGGUGUGCGAGGCGUGUCGGCAAUGCGUGGUGUGCGAGACGUGUCGGCAAUGCGUGGUGUACGAGGCGUGUCAGCAAUGUGUGGUGUGCGAAGCGCCCUCUAACGUCAUGGCCGGCGGCGGCCAGUCGCUCUCCUCGCCCGGCUCCUGCCUGGAGGACUUCCGUGCACGCCCUUCAAUCGAGUGCAGCGGCGCGCGCGGCUCUUGCCACUACUUCGCCAACAAGUUCUCCUUCUGGCUGGCUACCAUCGACGACGACGAGCAGUUUGGCCGGCCGCGCAGCGCCACGCUCAAGGUGUGCAUCCGCGGCGCCUGA